CUCUUCAUUGCUUACAACUAAUAUUAUAUAUAGUUAAUGAUAUCUUGACCUUUGUUUCAUAUAGAACAAAAGGUAAAUGAUACAGAAUGACAUUGCACAACAAGCAAAAAAAUAUUAUGUUGCACAAAAGAGCAAGGAAAAUAAUGCCCCUGAUGAUGACAAUAGGCUGCGAGCCUCCAGAGAAUUUACUGAAACACACAAUGCCAGGGCUUCACAUUUUCAAGAUACUGUUAGCUUGGACAAAAACAAGAAUACUAAUACCUACAAGGUUGCAGACUUGGAAACACCUUCAUUUUGCUCAAAUCGUGAAGGUUCUCAUUACCAGGGAAAUAAUACCUCAAAAAGAGCCUAUGCAGCCAAGCAUGCUACUAAACAACAGCAUGGGACAAGCUCUAGAUUACCAACCAAUUCAAUGGCGGCCGGCACUGCAGUGUUUUUGAAGAGCUUGAAAAGUCAAAGUAAAAAAGUUGCCGUUGCUACUGUCCAAAGUUGUGAUCCAACACAGAAACUUGAUGGUGUGGACAUAGGAAAUCAAUUUUUGUUAGUUCGUGUCAGUAUUAUUAUAGCAGAUGAUGAAGUAUUGGUACGGCCAUAUAAAAACUACAAGUUUAUGGGUGAUGCACUAGGAGCCCAUAUUGCUUGGCCUGCAACUUUGAUUGAAAAGGCAAAUUGGUGAUACUGUUGAUGACGAGCUGGAUGCAAGGUGGAGAGUGCCGGCAAUUUCAGAGACUAACAAAUUUAGUAGUUAACCCAUAGGAAAUGUUGUUUAUGUUGAAUUUCUAUCAUGAAACCUAUUUGGAUAUUGUAAUCUAUGUAAUGCAAUGAAUCAUUUGUU